CUUCAAGGUGUUAAUCAGCUUUAGAUUUCCUAGUUCAACGGUCUUUCUCGUACUAAUAUAGCUGCUGCUUUAUUCCCUAUUUACACCCACGUUACAGGUAUUUUUUUUGGUGCUUUAAAUCAAAAAGUCCUUCUCUGGUGGCUAAAUUAUUGGAAUUGACAAUGGCUAACAAGAGAAGACCAAAGAAGGCCAGGGUCCCCUACAGACGUUAUGGGCCUGGUGGUGUCAUAAUCAGGAGUGACAACAAUAACAAAACACAUGGUUCAAGUGAUGAUGAAGACGAAGAAGAGGAAGAAGUCAAACAAAGUGACGUUGUGAAGAGUGGCCACUAUGAUUUAUCUUCAACUAGUGCCUACUCUUCAACUUGGCCUGUUUCUAAAUUUCAAAAGAUUGAUGUAUUGAAAUUUGCAAUCAUUGGUGAAAAGAUCAAAAAAGGUGAAUUGGUUGAAUUCCCUGUUGAUUUUGGACAUUCAAAUCAUCAAAAUAUGACCAGCACUGAUGACAAAAAUCUUAAAUUACCAGUUGAGAUCUUACAUUUGAUUCUAAAAUAUGUGGAAAAGAUAGAUCCUAAAUACUUAAGGGUUUGUAAGCUGUUUUAUCAUCUUUAUGCACCAAUUUUAUAUGAAAGACCACAAUUAGAUUCCUAUAAUUUUUUCCAAUUUGUGGAAACUCUAAGUUCAAUCAAAAAUAAAGUUGGUAAACUCGUUAAAGUUUUAGAUUUAUCAACAAUUAUCCAAAGUGGUAAGAAUUCAUAUGUUUCUAAAUUGCUUAGAAGAUGCUCAGCUAAUUUGGAAGUAUUUGUGGCACCUCAAACGAGUUUUGGUUAUGCACCAUUAGUUAGUUUGAGAGGUUGCAAAAAAAUAAAAGUUCUUGAUCUAAGACUUGUCAGUGAAACAAUGAAUUUGAAGGAAUUAUUUUAUUCAAUCAAAAACUCAACAGAUUUAACCCACUUGUCAUUUCCAAGAUCUUCUAUAACAUGUGAAACCUAUGAUGAUACAUUUUGGCCUCCAAAUCUAUGGUACUUGAGAUUAAGUGGUGGUAUAUCAGAUGAUUUCAUAAUGAGUUCAACUUUACCAAAAUCAAUCACAAGAUUAGAAUUUGCCCAUUGUCCAUUAUUGAAAGAAUUUGCCAUGUAUCAACUAUUGGCAAAAUUUGGUGAAAAUUUAACACAUUUAUCAAUCCAAUAUCCAAUGCCAGGAUUAAAUGAACAAUCAAUGGAUUAUAUCUUUACAUAUUGUCCAAAUUUACUUUUUUUACAAGUCACUGUGGAUUAUUGUUCGAGAUUUUUAUUUUCAGAGGAUUUAUUGCCAAAAUUAUUCAACAAAGAGAGACCUUUGAAAACAUUAUGGAUUGAUUCAAGUGGUGCAUUGGGUCAAGGUACUAAAAUCCAUCCUGAUGAUUUAACAAUUGCCCUGAUGGAGGAUAGACUACCAUGCUUGAAGAAUAUUAGAAUCACUUCAAAAUUAGGAUGGGAUCUAAACAGUGAUGAUGUUGGUGAUUUAAUCAAUGUUCUUGAAGAACGUGAUGGUGGACUUUACAUCAAUUAUCAUUAAAAAAUCAGCUUCUCCUUUCAUUUUUUUAUGAAACUUUUUCAUAUUUUUACACAAUUUACCCCUUUUUACGACGUUAUGACUUCC